UAGCAGGUAAUAGAACUCUGUGUAGGAGUGUACGGUGUAUAUAAUGUCCGAUUUAAAUGAAGUGCUUUGGUCACUUUACUCAAAUGAAUACUGGAAAGUAACUGGUCAAAAUGAAUGGUGGUUAUAUGAACCAAUAUCAAGAUCAUGUGGAGGCUGUUUAUGAACAAGACAUUGGAUACAACGUGGAACAUAAUCAUGAGGGUAUAACAUUACCACAGAAAGUGGUGAAACCAGAUACCGGAAUAGGAAACAAUGGUAAAAAACUAUCGCAAAAAUUUUGGAAAAUCUUUACGUCUCUUGUUCUUCUGUUGGUUCUUAUUUUGACAACUGUUGUGAUUUAUUACAUUGCUAACAGCAUUUCAAGCAAACCAGGAGAGUCUGGCUCAUCUACAAAACCAGCGACCUUGGCAACAUCAUGUUUGGAGUUAAGAUACUCAGGAUUCUCCAAUGAUGGCUAUUACUCGAUACAACCUAAAGAAACUGACACUCCAAUCAAAGUAUAUUGUGACAUGACAACAUCUGGUGGUGGUUGGACAUUAGUAGCAUCUGUCCAUGAGAAUGAUAUUAAAGGAAAAUGCACAACAGGAGAUAUCUGGUUCAGUAAUGAUUUGGCAGAAGAUUCCAUAUUUUCAAGAAACUGGGAAAAUGCAAACACAUUUGGGAACGUUAAAGAAGCAACUUUAGCUGAUUAUAAAAACAUUGGUUAUUCUGCCAUGAAGGCAUCAAACCUCAUGUUACGUCAUGUACCAAACAAAACACCUGUGAAUGAAUCACGAUCAUUAGCAAGCUUGCAAUAUCACACAAGUAACAACUUUCUUGACAAACAUGGUGGGAAUCUAUUCACAACAUACACAAAGCAUUAUCCAAUGAACCCAAAGACAACAAACAACUACCCACCUAAUAUUAACAAGUUGGUUGAUGGUAUAGCAGCUCUCUCCACAAACUUGACUUCAGGAAUCCCAGACUUUUACAAUUAUAUAUACGGCACUGUAGCUGAUGUUUUACAAGAUGGUGGUCAAAGCAUGUUUACCCAAUAUGGAAUGCGGGUAUUUUCCCAUUUUGGCUGUGUUAACCGUGUCCGGUAUGGAGCUGAAUCCAAAUGUUCUUCGACUAGAACUAUAGCUAUUAGCAGAAAAUCUCAUCCAUUUAUUUUUGUAUCAGCUAUUGGGAAUCCAGAUUUACAUCCUCAAGGGUAUAAUCGGGUUCAAAACUUCAGACCAUCCUCUGACCCAGUUACAUCCUACAAUGGUAGUGUAACAGAAGGCAACUUUGAGCUUCAAUACAGAGCUAGAUGCGUUUAUGGAAGAAAUGUUCCAAGUGUUUGUGAUGUUGUCUUUGUAGUUAACAAUACAAAGGAUUGGGAUUCAUCUACAACAUUUACUUUGUCAGAAAGAACCUAUCUUUAUUCCACCUAUUACUAUCACGAUGUAUAUAUUAAUAACUACCCAAGAAGAGUAAUGUUUGGCUACACCAUGCUCUCAAGAACUGCUGGACGACUUGUGACCAAAGUUCAGAUGGAAUCAACUCUUACAAAAAUGUUGCAACCUUUUAAAAACUACACCUGGCCAGCUCCAUGUGCAUCCAACCAUCUUGUAGUUCCAGUGACAUACACAAUUGGUGAAUCUACUUUGAACAACUUUGUCCCUCCUGUCAUGCACUCAGCAACAACAACUGGAUUCUUACAGAUUCGUGCUGAAUCAGAAACUGGAACUUAUUAUGCUAUGUGCCCUGCUGUUAAAUUGAAUACUUGCGAUGGACGAUUUGUUUGCAUUGGUGGUGUGAAAAAUGGAUAUUCUCAACCAACAGAUGACUGCAAUGAUUUAACUGAUUGGAAUGGAUUCACUAACAAACUAGAUUACAACACCAGUAAGAACUAUGCCCAUUCAACUAAAGACAUUGAAUCCACCGUCAUGAUUUUCCAGCGCUAAAGCAAUAACACUGGUCGUUCUUGUUUUAAUAUGAAAUUUAUGUAAGUACUAUUUUAAUAAAAGUCAACCUUGUUCAAUCGAUGUUAACUUUAUUUUCAUUGCUGUAAAGAAUGUGUUCUUACACAGCACACAUGCCAUGUUCAUUGUUUGGUUUUGUAAAAAACAGUGGUAAAAACGAUCACAAAAGUUUUAAAAAAUAUUGGCUUGUCUUGUUCUUCUGUUGAUUUUUGUUUUAAAAAUUAUUGUGAUUUACCACUUUACUGUAAGUAACACGGGUGUCUAACUAAGAGUUACCGUGUAUGUAACUUUGUGGGAUAUUUUGGGGGUUGUAAUGGUUUCCUCUAAUGGUGAAUAUAUACAGCAUUGUUGGCGUUUAUUAAAAUUUAUAAAAACAAACAUUUUUAAGCGUUGACCACGUUUACCAGUUUAAUUUUACAUUGCAACACGCUGGAGCUGUACAAAGUGUAUUUACAAAAAUUCUUUAUUAGAGAUACACAUA